CUCAACAGGUGGAUGGAUGUACAGGGUUGGAGCUCAGAGGAGGUCUUACAGUACUUUCAUUUCUUGUGAAGUCCAGUGUUGUGCCAGCUGUACUUAAGAAGUCCGGGAACAAACAGCGACACAAAGAGAAGUGUCUCAAGGGUCAAGGUUUUUCGCCCCUUUAGUCAUACCAGGAGGAUUAAAGCAACAAGAAAAGGAGAAUUUGUACCUCUGACCUACUCUGCACAAUUAACCAAGAGUGACCUCAGGAUAGCAAUAAUCCAAAAGAAAUGAGACGGCAACAAUGCACCAGUUCCAGCUCUGAUGUUUUUGUCUCCAUUAUAUGCAAGGAACCUGGAUCACAAAUAUAGGACCAUUUCAUGAAAAUGGCUUUCCGGAGUCUCAUCUUGUUGUUAACCAUUGUGCAAGCUGAAUCUGCAAUUUCAAAUUCAAGUCCCAUUUUUGGACCAAAGCAGGUGACUGGGUUGGUUGGAGGCUCUGUUACCGUGAAAUGCUUCUACCCUCGUACGAGUGUGAAUAGACAUUCCAGGAAAUACUGGUGCAAGGAGUCAACACAACAUUGCUCUACUAUCAUUUCCUCUAAUGGAUAUGUAGCUAGAGGUUUUGAAGGUAGAACUUCAAUAAUAGACUAUCCAGAGAAUGGAUUAUUCACCAUAGAAAUAUCAAAUCUGGUAAGAAGAGACAUGGGACCCUACAAAUGUGGCGUCGGUUUAAAUGACAAAGGACUUUCCUUCAGAGUCAAGCUAGAUGUUUCUGCAGGUUCCAUAUUACCUGAAGAAGCUCAGCUCUUUUAUGCUGAACAGCAUGGAUCUGUGACUAUAACCUGUGCCUUUGGUGCAAGAGCAAGUGGUAGGAAUUACCUGUGCAAGAUGACAAAGUACACUUGUGUCACUAUAAUUGACACAGAUGGAAAUAUUGACCAAUUUUAUAAAGGAAGAGUUCUGUUAAGCAACCUGCAAAUUCCUGGCUCAUUCAAUAUCAUUAUGACUCAACUACAGAAGCAAGAUUCAGGAUUAUACCUCUGUGGAACUGGGAACUAUGGGGCAGAAGGAGAAACCAAGAAAUUGGAUAUACAUGUGUAUGAAGAGGUUUUGGUUUCCAAACAACAACCAAUACUAAAUGGAGUCCAAGGUGGUUCAGUAUCUGUUGAAUGUCAUUAUGAACCAAAAGAGAACACCACAAUCAAAUCUUGGUGCAAAUGGAAAGAAAAUGAGUGUACCGUCUUAAUAAACAACUUAGGAGAUGUGCGGGAUGACUAUGAGGGAAGGAUAGUGAUGCAUAAUAGUCCAGAGAAUGGCACUUAUACCAUCAUAUUGAACCAACUGCAUAAUGGAGAUGAAGGAUUCUAUUGGUGUAUGACAAGUGGAGAGCAGGAAAGGAUAUCAUCCACAGAAUUGAAGAUUGUGCAAGAAACAGGACAACCCAGUUUAUCAGUAGAUAAUGAAAUACAUGCUGUUGCUGGCUCUCCACUGACUAUAACAUGCACUUACCCAUGCAAAUAUGCUGAUUAUGAGAAAUACUGGUGCAAGUGGAAGAACACUGGAUGUGAACCUCUUAUCGCAUCUGAAGAAUCCCAGGCUGGCUUAGUAGUUAGCUGUGAUAAAGGCAGUAGGAUUUUGUCUCUGAAUUUUGACCAAACGUCCCUAUCAGAUCAAGGAUGGUAUUGGUGUGGAGUCCGAAAGGGAGGCCAUUAUGGAGAAACAUAUGCAACGUAUCUGCAAGUGCAAGGAGUACUUCGAAAUGCUGAAGAACCUUCGAGACCCAACGAGGAACCCAGUGAUGUGGUUUCUCAAAAUAGGAACAUUCCUUUAAACAAUGCCAACAAGAAAGUCAACGAUGAUAUUCCAGCCGACAGCCAUAAAGAAAGUAAACACUCCACAAUUCUUCUUUCCGUUUUACUCCCACUUGGAAUCAUACUUGUGCUUCUUGCCACUGCCUUUUUUGUUGUGAAAUUCAGGCUUUUCAAGCAUUCAGAUUUGGUCUCCGUUGGAAGCUACAGGACACAUAUCAGCAUGACAGAUUUUGAGAAUGCAAGGCAAUACGGGGCAAAGGACAAUGUGUGCAUGGCAGAAGCUCAUGAGACCCAAAUAGGGGACAAGGAUGAUUAUAACAUUACUACCAGUAGUCCUAAAGAGGCUGGUAAAUCAAAGAAGGCAAAAAGGAACUCCAAAGAGGAUGUCGAGAUGGUUUAUACCACAUUCCUGCUUAAUUCUGAGAACAUCCCACCCAGAGGCUCUCAACAACAAUAGAUCUUAGAAGCUCAACAGCUUGGUGAUGAACACUAUCAAAGACUGGCAAAAGCAGUUACGUAGCACUAAUCAUCAUACAGACAGGUUGUGAUUAGAAUAACUGAACAGACAAUUAUAUCAAUUGAGAUUGCCUUGAGAUUUAAAUUAGAUUAUAUUAUUUUCCUAAAUAGUUUCACUGAUGAUGCAAUAGAGUGCAUAAAGAUCAAAAUAUAUUUCAUUUUGAAAAAAACUUAAUUCCAAACAAAUAAAAAGUGUGAUUUUGUUUUUAAAAACAAAUGAACCUGUGAAAUGUAACUAGCAAACUAAUGAAAUGUUGUAACAUUUUAUAUUUAUUCAGUGUACUCAUCUUGUGUACACAUGAGUGUGUACUCAUCUUGCCAGUCUAUUUACAUACACAAAAAAUAUGUAGGGAGUUUAAUCAGAAUUUAAUCUGAGAAAAGAGAAUAUUAAUUAAUUAGAUGAUUUUUUAAAAAAAAUGAAUCAAAAUAAUUGAACACACACGUUUACUAAUCAUUUUAAUGACAUAUUUGGUGUCUUGGUCUUUCUACAAAGUAUUCAACACAACAUAUCUAGGAUUAUGUUAUUUUAACCUCACCAGACUUUUUAGUUUCUUAGUUUGUAAAUUCGUGACUGACCCAGAAUACCGAAAGACUCAAAAGUGUGUUCAGUAUUUUGUGCCCCAUGCUAGCUGGGUAAUUCUGGAAGUUGGAUUUAGCAGUUGAUGAGAAAUGGAUAAAGAGAACAAUGAAUCUCAAAAUAAUAAUGCAAUAGACUUAGACAUAUAUGGUUGGCAUAGUGGUUUCAGUUUUCGACAAGGAUUCUGAGAGACCAGGGUUUGAUUUUUUGCUUUUGAGCAACAUUCUCUCAGCCCUAAAAGGUUAUGGCAAACUCUUUCUGAGCAACUCUUUCCAUGAAAAUAUAAUAGGUUUGCCUUACGGAAAUUACUUCAAGUGGGAAAUGCUUAAAAGCAAGAAACAACAUUCCUUGGAAUCAGUGACUUUAUAAUUUAGAUUAUUGUAUGUGUAAUCUACAAUGUUUUUGAUUAUUGUUUGUUUCAUCAAAUAAAUGUCCUAAUUCAAGUACAAA